AUGGCGGUGACCGCGCACGAACGUGCCGCGACGUUCUCGGCCACUAGGGCCAUGUUUAGUUUCCCUGUUACUUUAAAUUCAGCAAUCAAAGAUCAGAAAAGCUGCCGCUUAGCAGCACAAUUUGCGUGUGUCCACUUCGUGUUCGUGGCGUUCGUCCUCAACCUCUCGCGCACGGGCGAGGGUGUCAUCAGAGAUAGGGUGACGUUCCUGGUCACUGGCCGAGACGGGUACACGUUCCGGGCGAGCGACCUGGAGCAAGGCAUUGAUGCUGGUGAGGUCGCCCCAGCUCUGCUGGACUGGGCCAUCCCUGACCGCCCGAAUUGCGCACUGGCUGUGACGAACAGGGCUGGCUAUGCCUGUGUCAGUAACAACAGCGAGUGCCAGGACUCACCGAUUGGUGGCUACGUUUGCCACUGCUCCCAGGGUUUCUUCGGCAACGCCUACGUCGUCGAUGGCUGCGUACCAAACCAAGUUUAUGGUUCAAGACAGCCGAAGGCGAAUUGUCCGACUAGGUGCGGGAAUGUGAAUAUCCCAUUCCCCUUUGGCAUGGAGCUGGGCUGCUUCGCAAGGAUGCAUCUCUACCUGGCGUGUAACCCGGGGCCAACUCCUCCCAUCCUCCAGAUGACUGACCAUUCGGCGGUCACUGACAUUUCCAUCGACCAAGGCAUCUUGAGAAUUCAGAAGCUCUCUGACCCAGGCGGUUUCCUGGACGGUCGGGACAGCACGUUCUACGCCUUCUCCGAAGAGUCUGGUGUGGUGAAGUGGGCUGUGGAUAACUCGACUUGCGAAGAUGCAAUGACGAACAGGGACCAGUACAUGUGUGUCAGCACUCAUAGCGAGUGCAUAGAAGUCACGGACAACAGGACGAGCAGGCAUGUGGGGUACAGAUGUAUAUGCUCCUCUGGUUUCGAAGGGAAUCCUUAUAUUGAAGAUGGAUGCACAGAUAUUGACGAGUGCUUGCAGCCAGAUAAAUACAUUUGCCAUGGCGUCUGCCGGAAUAGCCUUGGAAGCUUUUCUUGCACUGAGUGUCAAUAUGGAACAGAGUUCGACACUGCUGCAAGAAAGUGUAAAGCAUCCAGCACUAUUUUAGGUAUCACCAUUGGAAUCAGUUCUGGUGGUGGCCUUCUAUUUCUUGCAGCAAUCGCUGUUAUUCUCAACCGAAGAUGGAAGAAAGGAGUCCAAAACCGGCUCCGGAGGCGGUACUUCCGCAAGAACAAAGGCAUUCUCCUUGAGCAGCUCAUCUCCUCUGACCAGAACGCGAGCGACAGCACAAAGAUAUUCUCCCUGGCCGAGUUAGAAAAGGCAACGAAUAACUUCGAUCAAGCCCGUGUGGUUGGCCACGGCGGCCAUGGCCAGUUAACUGACAAGAGCGAUGUCUACAGCUUCGGAGUGAUACUUGCUGAGCUCCUGACAAGAAAGAAGCCGAUUAUCGAGAAGGAGAAUGGCGAGAAGCAGAACCUGUCAAACUACUUGUGCGCGGCGAAGGAGAAACCUCUCGAGGGCAUAGUGGAUGAUCAGAUUUUGGAGGAAGCGAGCAAGGAAGCAAUCAUGUGCUUUGCUCGCCUGGCGCAGGAGUGCCUGGAUCUGAGAAGAGACGCGAGGCCAACCAUGAAGGACGUGGAGGUGAGGCUGCAGCUCCUCAAGAGAUGCACUGCUGCUCUGAGACCGAGAGGAGACGGCGAGUUUCGUCCUCCCGGCGAAACAGGGCGAGGCGAUAGGCGCCGGGGCGUGGUUCCGGUGACUGGUCAGGACGGGACACGUCAGUACAGCCUAGAGCAGGAGUUCGCAUCGUCCCUGCGCAUACCACGCUAG